AUGGUCCUCUCAGACGAUGUUGCACGACCCCGAAACCGAGACGCGAGGCCACCGCGACGACAAGUUGAAGGGCCUUUUGGUGGCAUGAAUCAGAAAUUUGCGAGAGUUCCGGAAGGCCCAAGGCGCACGGCACGUCCACCCAACGCGAGGGAUGCGAGGGAUUCGAGGUACUCGAGAGGCUCUUCAACCAAGUUCGGCAAAGGCGAUUCCCAGACCUCAUCCGACCCGAGAAAGGCUUUGAAGAUGCAGCGGUCUCUGGCAGGGGUCUCAUACGGAAAGAGAAACGUUCUUAAGGAUAAGAUGCAAGAAUACGAAUCGUUCGACCAAUUCAACCUCCUUCCCCUUAUCAAGGAUGGCAUCAAGGACGACCUGCUACGAGGAAUGGUGGACAUCAAGCCAACGCCCGUCCAGAGACUUGCGAUCCCGGCCAUGUUGGGCCAGUCUAGCGCAUUCAAGGUCAGGGGCGAGAAGAGGCAGGACUUCCUCCUUGCAGCCGAGACGGGUUCCGGCAAGACGCUGGCGUACAUGCUGCCGGCUGUCAACGCCAUGAAGAUCGCCGAGCAAGCCAACCCUGAGAUCCGGUCCUUCAUGAAGCGUUUCAAGGAGGAGAGGGCCAGAGAGGAGAAGGCCAGAGAAAAGUCAUCCAAGUCGAAGAAGAUGUCUACCUUCGACGAGCCACACCCAACCAUGGCUAGACCUCGCAUAAUCGUCCUGGUCCCUUCGGCAGAGCUCGUCGACCAGGUUGGAAAGGUGGCAAAAACGCUAUCGCACGCUGUCAAGUUCAAGUCGGAGAAGCUCUCGGCCAGCCUCAAUGCGCUGACGAUCCAGCGCAACUUGUACUCGCCUCGUGGCGUCGACAUGGUGAUUACGACGCCUCACCUGCUGGCGUCGAUUGCCGACUCCGACCCCAACAUCCUCUCCCAGGUCACCCAUCUCAUCGUUGACGAGGCGGACUCGCUCUUUGACCGAAGCUUUGCCCCAGUUACCACGACCAUCAUCGACAGGGCGAUGCCGUCGUUGAAACAAUUCAUCCUCUGCUCAGCAACAAUCCCCAAGAGACUGGACAACUACCUCGCAAAUAACUUCCCCGACAUGACGCGAAUUACAACGCCGAACCUUCAUGCUAUCCCCAGAAGGGUUCAACUCGGUGUAAUCGAUGUUGUCAAGGACCCUUACCGUAACAACAAAAAUCUGGCCUGCGCCGAUGCCAUCUACACUAUCGGCCGAGAAGCUUCCAAGCAUGAAGGUCCCAUUCAAGGUGAAAUCGACGUCCGCCGAAUCAUGGUGUUUGUCAACGAGCGCGAGAAAACAACGGAGGUUGCAGAGUAUCUUCAGUCCAAGGGCAUCGAUGCCAUUGCUUUGAACCGAGACGCAGCCGAAAGUCGCCAGUCCGAGAUGCUGAACGCAUUCACUUCACCAGAGCCCUUGCGCUCUGUGUCAUCGCCAGAGACCCCUGUAUUAGGCAAGCGAUCGCUGCCCAAUACCAAGGUCAUUGUUGCCACCGACUUGGCUUCCAGAGGUAUUGAUACGUUGGCUGUCCGCCACGUUAUUCUUUACGAUGUCCCACACACCACAAUUGACUUCAUCCACCGUCUGGGAAGAGCUGGUCGCAUGGGGCGACGUGGAAGAGGUAUUGUGCUCGUUGGCAAGGAUGACAAGAAGGAUGUCGUUGCCGAAGUCAAGGAGAGCAUGUUCAUGGGUCAAGCGCUCAUUUAG